UUUUGACAUUUUGACACCUCUCUCUCUCUCUCUCCCUCCAUGGACCAUGUCACCAGAGUUCUGAAAUUUUGAUCAAUCUAAUUCAUUCGCUAACAGGCAUAUAGCCCCCGUUUCUGACUCGCCAAUUUCCGCGAACCUUCUCUCUCUUUGACGAAGUAGAAAAAUCUUCCUUCUUGCACUGAUCGAUCAUGGAGUUCUCUAGCCUGUACUGUACUGGUUGUCUAGUCGCUCUUUAGUCUCCUUGUUCGGUUUUGGCAUUGCGAGUUUUCGUGGUGCAUGAAGAAGUUCCUUGGGCUGAUCAACUUUUCUGGGCUCAACUCUUCAUCUGGAAAAUCGUGUUGUUAAUAAGUUAUAAUCAUGAACUACCAACAUGAGAAGUAUUUGAGGUUUGAGGAUUGGAAGUCACAGAAAAGUACCGAGGGGGAAUAUCCUGAAAAGUAUGGAGUGCAUCCAGGAAGAAUCAGAAUGGCAGUUAACUUGGUUUCAGAAAAAAUUCAAAGAGGUUUUGAAUUUAGUUUGGAGAGGAUAAACGGGAUUAUAAAAUCAUCAAAAUCCUAUUCAUUUAGUAAUGCUGUGGCUAAAGGGUCAGGUUUAAAGAAGAAAAUUCUUGAUCCUCAGGGUCUAUUCCUUCAGAAGUGGAAUAAGAUAUUUGUACUGUUAUGUGUGAUUGCAGUUUCACUGGAUCCCUUGUUCUUUUAUGUCCCUGUGAUUAAUGAUCACAAGAAGUGCCUUGAUUUGGAUGAUAAGAUGGAGACUACAGCUAUUGUUUUACGUUCUUUCACAGAUAUAUUUUAUGUGAUUCACAUUAUUUUACAAUUCCGUACCGGUUUUAUUGCUCCCUCUUCUCGUGUGUUUGGGAAAGGUGUUUUAGUUGAAGAUGCUUGUGCAAUAGCAACGAGGUAUCUGUCAUCGUACUUUCUAAUCGACAUUCUUGCAGUCCUUCCACUCCCACAGGUGGUCAUUUUAGUUAUCAUUCCGAAAAUGGCUGGCUCAAGAUCGUUGAACACAAAGAAUUUGUUAAAAUUUGUUGUUUUUUUCCAAUAUCUGCCGAGGUUUCUUCGAAUCUAUCCAUUGUACAAAGAAGUUACAAGGACUUCUGGCAUACUCACACAAACUGCUUGGGCUGGAGCUGUACUCAAUCUCUUUCUUUACAUGCUUGCCAGCCAUGUGUUUGGAGCUUUUUGGUACUUGUUCUCCAUAGAAAGAGAAGCUACAUGCUGGCAACAAGCCUGUGGGAAAAAUAUUACGUGCUUCAAUAGCUCCUUGCUUUGUGAUGAUAGGUUAUACAUGGACAUUUUUCUUAAUAAUUCUUGUCCAGUACGGACACCAAAUACAACACUCUUUAAUUUUGGAAUAUUCCUUGAUGCUCUUCAAUCUGGUGUCGUCGAGUCGACUGAUUUUCCACAGAAGUUGUUUUACUGUUUUUGGUGGGGCCUGCGAAAUCUGAGUUCUCUUGGUCAAAAUCUUUCAACAAGUACCAAUGUCUGGGAAAUCUUCUUUGCAGUUUUCAUUUCUAUUUCAGGCUUGGUAUUGUUUUCAUUUCUGAUCGGGAAUAUGCAGACAUACUUGCAAUCCACGACUACAAGAUUGGAGGAGAUGAGAGUCAAGAGGCGAGAUGCAGAACAGUGGAUGUCACACCGUUUGCUCCCUGAGGGGCUGAGAGAACGGAUUAGGAGGUAUGAACAAUACAAAUGGCAAGAAACUAGAGGUGUUAAUGAAGAGAGUUUGCUGAGUAAUCUUCCGAAAGACCUUAGAAGGGACAUAAAGCGCCAUCUCUGCUUGGCACUGCUCAUGAGAGUACCAAUGUUUGAAAAGAUGGAUGAACAGCUGUUGGAUGCAAUGUGUGACCGUCUUAAGCCAGUUUUGUACACAGAGAAAAGCUACGUUGUCCGGGAGGGAGACCCAGUUGAUGAGAUGCUCUUCAUCAUGCGAGGCAAGCUAUUGACAAUGACUACCAAUGGUGGAAGAACUGGCUUCUUCAACUCUGAAUAUCUUAAGGCCGGUGACUUCUGUGGAGAAGAACUUCUUACUUGGGCUCUGGAUCCUCACUCUUCAUCCAACCUACCCAUCUCAACAAGAACUGUCCAGGCCCUUACAGAAGUCGAAGCCUUUGCUCUAAAAGCUGAUGAUUUGAAGUUUGUAGCCUCUCAGUUCCGGCGGCUCCAUAGCAAGCAACUUCGCCAUACUUUCAGGCUUUAUUCUCAGCAAUGGAGGACUUGGGCGGCUUGUUUCAUCCAGGCAGCCUGGCGCCGCUAUAAUAAGAAGAAGCUUGAAGAGUCUCUUCAGGCAGAGGAGGAUAGAUUGCAAGAUGCAUUGGCCAAGGCUGGAGGGAGCUCGCCAAGUUUAGGUGCCACCAUUUAUGCCUCGCGGUUUGCUGCUAAUGCACUUCGUUUGUUACGGCGAGAUGGUACACGCAAGGCAAGGGUGGCAGAUAGAAUUCCACCUAUUUUACUUCAGAAACCAACGGAGCCUGAUUUUGCUUCUGAAGAACAAUAGGUACACCAUCCCUGGCGAAUUUAUAUGCUUUGUUUUGUUGUAUUAAGUGUGAAAAUUAGAUAAUUUUUUGUUUUUUCUACAGAGAGAGUAGUGGAAUCACAUUAUGGUAGAAAAAAAUAUUCAUAAUUCAUUGGCUAUGAGGCCUGUACAUUGUAUAAUGCAUAUUUCUAUGUUGUAUAUUGAAUUUUUACUUCCUGUUUUUU